AUGCCGGUGGUCGGAAAUAGCCAUUCUCAGUUCACCGGUGCCCUGACGGGGUCCGUUGAAGUGCGGGGGCGCCUCGCAGGAGGCGAGACAUGGAGCUUCGCAGUCGACCUUGGUGCACUGAACGCAGUAGAGGUGCCCGCGGUCCGGUUGCUGUGGGCACGCUCCCGCAUAGCAGUGCUGUCCGACUAUGCAGCUGUGGCAGUGCUGUCCGACUAUGCAGCUGUGGCCCAGUCUCACGACGCUCUUGAGUCCGAGAUCACGCGCCUGGGGCUGCAGUACUCUUUGAUGACUACCUACACGUCUUUCGUGGCUGUGGACUCCCAAGCCUCUCGCCCGGACAUGUGCACCGAAGUCGGCUCUGGCUAUGGCUAUGGCUAUGGCUAUGGCGAUGGAUGGCCGCCCCCGAGCAGAGCAUUUCACUCCGAGCCACCCCUUGUCAUGAUGCUCGCUGCUCUCUUGUUUGGCCCUGGGUGGCUCUGA